UAUUGUGAAGUUCACAAAGUUUUUUAAAACCACCAGCCUAUAAAGCCAAGAUAGCGACAUGUCUUUGCCGACCAAUUUCGAUCGAUCCAUGCUGAUAGAGUACAGUGCCGCCUUUAUGUACUAUAUAGAAAAGCACAUGCUAAUGGAGGUAAUGAGUCGAAUUCUAGCAGAGAUUUCGGUUGCGGAUGGAGUCACAGAUAUCCGGCGAUGGAUGGGCGAGAAUAUAAGGCGGAUCGGCGUGGAGAUAUACACGCAAUCGCUGGAUGCCUUUCAUCGUGGAGUAAAGGGGGAUUUCUACCAGCUGCCCGCAAACUUUUACCACCGAAUAGUUCUUCAUGGCAAGCCAGGAUCUGGUCGAAGGUCCUUGGCACACGUUUUAGCUCAACGUUGGGACUUGCUUAUACUAGAUGCUAAUGUCCUGGCCUAUCAUAGCAUAAAUAGUCGCGAUCAGGAUGAGUACUCCAAGUUACUUCAAGAGGCCAUUGAAAAGGAUUGUGUUUACAAAAGGUCCCAGGCGGUGGGAAAUCUCAUUCAGCAGCGACUGCUCAGGGAGGAUGCCCUUCACAGGGGUUGGAUACUGAUCAAUUACCCGAACAAUAAAUGUGAAGCUGAGGAACUCUUCGAAGGCUUCACCGUGCCACCAAAUCGAUUUGUGUUCCUGCAAAUCGAUGAGCGCAUGUCUCGCAUGCGAAUCUUGUUGAAUAGCUAUUCGCCGGGGCCUCAGGCACACAUUAGUUUUCUGGAUCGUCAGAUGGCUCAGUUUAGGAAAAGCGAACCUGCUUUAAAUUCCUAUCUCAGCCAGCGAAGAGAAGUCGUCUAUGUAGAUGCCUCGCCGUGUUUCGAGCAAGUCAAAUGCGAAAUCAUCUCGCAACUCACCAAAACUCCCUAUGUUUUGGGUAAAAAAUACGGCGAGGCCAAUGCCAAAAUUUGAAUUUGAUUCCCGGCCACUCUGCAUCUAAAUUGAGUAACAAUGUGUUGAAGUGAAGUCCUUUCCCUGAUUAUUCUCUUUAUUAUUAUUAUUAUUUGCUCAA